UCAUGCUAUUAUUGUUUAAUUGUUUCUUUGUCACUUUCCGGCAGACUCCAGCAGAGCAGGCUAAAGUCCGAAUGCAAAUGGUCCUGCAGGCUGCGGCUAAAACAGAUGAGGUUCUGAAGGCUAAAGUAGCCAAGAGAGAAGAGGAGGCCCAGAAGAAACUUGAAGAUGAGGGAACUUCUCUGGAGGAGCAAGUGCGAAGGAUAAAGGACAUUGAGGCCAUCGAGAGUGAUUCCUUUGUUCCUCAGGCUUUCAAAUCAUCCCGGGAUGACAUAAAGAAAGAGGUGAAGCAGGAGUUUGAUAAGACAAGUUCUCAGAACAUCACUCUUCCCAUGUCUAUAGUCUACGAAGACACUGACACACUUGCUCAUCCCAGUUUAUUCAUGGACAAGGAGAAAGCUAAGGAACUGUGGCUGAACAGACUGAUCUCCCUGCGACAGGAGAGGCUCAUGGGAAGUCCUGUGACCUGAAGAAAAGAAAUCUGUUUUUUGAGAACAGUUUUAGUCUAAAUCUUUACCUCAUUCACUUUUAUUUCUUCAAAGUCCUUGUCAUAAUUUUACUGCCAUUAGACCGUGGCAGCACUCAUUUUGUACAGAGCCCUCCAGGGGUCAUGGGUAAAAAUAAAAUCUGUUCCCUCAGUUUAGUAAACUGUACACACUGUGUCACACUAUGAGCAGCGGGUGUUGUGCUUUAUUCUGUUUUCAUAUUGGACAAGGAACAAAUGGGAGGACACACAGUGACAGGUUUUGGGACUGUCUCCUAAUUGCAAAAUCAAGCUGUAAUGUUUAAUUUCAGCUGUUAAAUUAGCAACAUGCAUAUUUGGAUCAUUUUGGAAAAAAUAUUCUCUCAUUUUACUUUUUCUGACAGCAUUUAAUCACUGUUCAAUAAAUAAAAGCUGUUUUUUUUUACCUGCCUACAGCUGUUGCAGUUGAAUUGUAAUAUUUUUCUAAACUACAAUAAACAGCAUUUCAUUUUUUGACAAAAAAAA